GCAUGUGCUCUUUGUUUAUAUAUUAAUUUUGCUUUAUUUUAUGAUAGAUCAGAUACGUUUUUAGUUUUCAUUGUUUUGGAUGUAAAUCUAUUUAAAUAAUAUGGAAACUGAUUCAGGUACACGAAAAAAAAACAAACCAGGUUUUGUUCAUUCAAUAAAAGUACCAACGCAAUAUAAAAGGGCAGCUCUAAUAUUCAAAAAUGCAAUUGAAAAAAAGAAAUCACUAAAAAGUUUGAUAUACGAAGAAAAGCAUGCCAAAAUUGAUAAAUUAUUCCCAUUAUUUCAAAAAUAUAAUGAUAACAUGAAAGCUAUAGAAAAUGCAAUUACAGAAACCAAAAUUUUGGAAGAUAACAAAAGUUUCAACCCAUACUUAUGUCGUGUGCUGAUUACAGAUUUAUUUUUUUUAACUCAAAAACUUAAUGGUGAAUCGAGACCUGUUAAAACGGUUUUAGAAUACCAGGAAAAACUAUCCAAAUAUCUAAAUGAAAACAAAUUUAAGAGAGAAAACAAACCCAGUUUUGGAAAACCACGUUACAUUCGAGUGAAUACAAAUUUAUUUUCGAUUGAUGAAGCAAUUCAAUACUUUGAAAGAGAAGGGUUUUAUAAAUGUAAUUAUGAUGAAAACGAUUAUGAUGAUUAUUUAAGGGUGAUUAAAGAACUAAAAGAAGAAGAAUACGCAAUUGACAUUCAUAUUCCAGAAUUAUUUAUUUUUUCUUCCUUAACAAGAAAAUAUUGGGCUACAAACGAAUAUGUAGAGAAGAAAAAAUUUGCCCUACAAGAUAAAGCCACUUGUCUCGUUGCCAAAUUAUUAAAUCCGCCGGAAAAUUCAAUUAUAUUAGAUAUGUGCGCGGCACCUGGCAUGAAAACAAUUCAUCUAUCAAAUUUAAUUAGAAAUUCUGGAACAAUUUUUGCAGUUGAGCGUAAUAUUGAUCGAUAUAAUGUUUUAGUUAAUAUGGUUAAAUCAUCAGAUGCAAAAUGUGUAAAAACAAUAAAUGAUGAUGCUCUUCAAUUAAAUUUGGAAGAUUUUACCAAUGUGGAAUAUAUUGUAGUUGAUCCACCAUGCUCAGGUUCUGGCAUGCAAAAUCGUUUGACGUUAGGUACAGAAACAAAAGACGAAGACAGAUUAUGGAAACUUGCAGGAUUGCAAAUCAAGCUUCUACAAAGCGCUUUAAGCAAUUUUCCCAAUGUAAAAAAAGUAAUUUAUUCAACUUGCUCAUUAUAUCCAGAGGAAAAUGAAGUUGUAGUGCAGACUUGCUUGCAAAGGUGUCAAAACUUUAAACUAUUAAAUAUUAAAAAAGAUUUGAGGAAAAUGUGGAAAAAUACCGGUGAUACUAAGUAUAAAGGUAUAGGAAAACAUUGUUUGUAUUCUCUACCAGAAAUUGAUAAGACUGAUGGGAUAUUCAUAGCUCUCUUUGAAAGAAAAAAAGAAGAAUCAGAUUACAAUUAGGCAUUACUAACAUUUUUCAAAGGACUAUUUUUCAUAAUCUGUUAAAAAAAAUAAAGAUUUUCCAUGAUAAGACACGAUUUAUAAACCAAAGCAUUUCUAG